UACACUAGCGUAACAGAGUUUCUCUCCGGCUAUACAAGCAUACACGCGUUGCUGAUCGGUUGGAUCUGCGUAGUUACGCUGUGAAUAUUUUUGGACAAUUUUCGGUGUGUUUUACACCAUUUUCUUUAUUAUUAUCUGUUAAUUAAACAAAUAUACAACUCCGAUUGAAUUCCUUGGCGUCAGGAAUCCAAUCCACGGUUUUAAUCCUAUUAUCAAAAAGACGUAGAAUGGCGUAUGGACUAGCUUUACAGGUCCACUGAGCCAAACGACCAAACCAAACUGUACACUGGCGUAUAGAUCAACCGCUAAGAUUUACUGAGCCGCAAUUGUGAAGAUGUAAUGUAAAAAUUAUGCAAAAAAAUGUAACAAUAGUUGCUACUGAAUUGGAACGUUGGAGCUUUGUGGUGUAUUAUUGUUAUAUGAGGAACGAGUCGAGAAACAGAGAAACCAAAAAACUAACUGACAAUGUUGAACCAGGCGGUAGUUGAAGCUUUGUAUUCGGCAACGUAUAUCGAAAAUUACUUGGAUUGUGUAGAAAAUCUGCCAAAUGACUUACAGAGAUACGUUUCCCGUCUACGGGAACUUGAUGCUACUUGUCAAACAUAUCUACGUGAAGUUGAUCAGCAUCAAGAAGCAUUGAGAAAUGAUACAGAUCCUAUAAUAAAAAGAAGAGCUUUGCUACGAGUACAACAGGCUUUGAUUGCAGCACAAGAAUUAGGUGAUGAAAAAUUGCAGAUUGUACAACAAGUGCAAGAUCUUAUAGAAAAUAAAUCAAGGCAGUUGGACUUGGAUUAUCGAAAUCUAGACUUUGGAAAGGAACAAGAAAACUCUGAAUCUGUUCGUGAAUCUAAUGCAAACAGUAAUUCUACUAAUACAAGCCAUGCAAAUAAUAUGGAACGUCAACCAAAACGUGCUAGAAGAACUAGGACUGAGACACUAAUAGAAUCGGCACACUCUAUGGAUAUGAUGGUUGGCAUGACAGAAACUCGAUCAUCGACGUUAUCUAAUGCAAGCAACGGAAAUCAGAAGAAAACAACAGCAGCUACUACUGGUAAAAAGAAGAAGCGAAAAUCGCGACAGGGUAAUCAACAGAAUCAGCAUCGUGAAGACACACCACCGCCACCGGAGGACGAUCUUGCGAUAGAUCCUGAUGAACCAACUUAUUGUUUAUGCGAUCAGAUAUCAUAUGGCGAGAUGAUUCUUUGUGACAAUGAUUUGUGUCCCAUAGAAUGGUUUCAUUUCUCAUGCGUUUCUCUCACCACCAAGCCCAAAGGCAAGUGGUAUUGUCCCAAGUGCCGUGGCGAUCGACCUAAUGUUAUGAAGCCUAAGGCGCAAUUUCUCAAAGAGCUCGAAAGAUAUAACAAAGAGAAAGAGGAAAAAUCGUAGCAAGAGGAUCGUGAAAGAUUCAUAAGUUUCCGAAUAUUUACGUGAAAUUGGUAGAAUACGGAGUUUUAUUCUGAGCUUUGCGUCGAGUGCGUGUGCGCACUCUGUGUGUGUGUGUUAAAAUAUAUUAUAUUUUACAAGCAUUUUAAAUUUAGUUUUUUCUAUUAAUUAUUUUUCUUCAAACAACAAUCUCUUAUUUAAUAAUUAUAAGGUCGAGCAAUUGUUUAAUUUUUGUAUUUAAGUUGCAAGACGGAUGAGAACACAAUAUUUAUGAUUUUACAUGUGAUAACACGAUUAUAUUAGAUAAGUUACGGAUUUUGUGUUGGAAUUAUAUAUAUACAUUCUGGGUGUCCCAGAAUUGGUGUAACAUCUUUUGUAGACAGGUAGAAAGAGUAAAAC